AUGUAUGGUUUGAUUGCAUGCAGUAUUGCGAAGGCUUGGGCGAUGGGUGGGCGGCGACUCCUGCUUAGGAAGAACUUGGAUCGUCUCGCAACCAGCAGGCUGCCGUUGCUCUACUCAACUUGCAUCAGCAUUUGCUUCGAGGGCGCCCGCUCCAGUCGUCGCAUUAGAGCAAACGAUGUCCUCCCCGACAUUGACCAGCGGCAAACCACCGAUAUCAUCAAGCGCCGAGCGUCGCAUGACAUAGCCCGACCUGGAGCACUGGCUAGCAUCGAACUUGUCGCGGACCGGCUCAGUGAACUUGGCGAAGACAUUGGAGUCCUGGCUAGUCCUGGCUCAUCGGAUCCGACGCCGGGAAGAAUACAACCUCCAGAUGCCACCGGCGGCAGCGGCCACAGCUUGACCAUAUCGGACGGCUCGACCGUCCAUACCGUCAUCGUAGAUGAUCUUCAGUCCACUGCCAAAUUGGACCCAUGGACCACGCUCGAGAUCACCGGCCGACUGGUGUCGCGACAGCCACCAAGGAUCCAGACGUCCGGUUAUCGGAUCUAUGGGACCUCUGAUCAGAGCAACCCGCUGCAGCAAGGCGAAAAACAGAUUUUGCAACAUCCUUAUUCCUUGCCAGCGCUCGAGCGAGAACGCUGUGCGACGCGGCCAGCAGGACAGCGAGGUAGCCUGAUUACCGUCUGUUUCGACCAGCGCAACCAUGGUCUUCGGUUGAUUUCGACGAAGGCCAAUACAAACUGGCUUGCUGGUAACAAGAACGCAGCAGCGGCUCUGUUCUCGACAUACCAAGGCACGACCGCUGAUGUUAGUACACUGGUCGACUUCUUGCCCUGCUAUCUUCCCGCCGAAGUGGGCGCGAAAGUCGAACACCACAUCAUCGCAGGCGACAGUCUAGGUGGGCAUGCGGCAUGGCAGGUCGUGCUGCACGAGCCGCGGGUCAACGCUGCAGUCAUCUUCAUAGGCUGUCCCGACUUCAUUCGCUUGAUGUCGUGGCGAGCUGAAGAAGCGCGGUUACCGUCGUUGUCGAAUGGUCUCGAGGGCUUUCUCGGCAGCGAAGACUUUCCGCCUGCGCCGGUUGAAGCAAUCUCACAAAACGAUCCCGCCGCAUCGUCUUUGGGAAAGGUCAUGCCUCUUUCUACUUUGCAGCACACGCCCUCGCGAGGCAGAAGACUGGUGUUCUCAUCCAGACCUGAAGACCGUCUCACAUCUCGCGGCAGGCCUCGCUCCCGAGAUGCGCCGUAA